GCUGAACCGAGCAGCACACAUCCUCCAGUAGCUGCUGUUUGGUCUGUUUGAAACAAAGGUCAGCAGUCAGAGGGAGGGAGAGAGAGACGGAAAGCAGCAGCGUCAGGCUGUUAGUGAAUGGAAGCGAACGAGGUUUUUUUUUUCUAACGUAACUGUGGAUGUUUGGCCUGUCAGAGCCGGAGGGACGCUGCGGUAGAGUGGAGUUGACGUCAAAGCCUGUUCUGUGACACCAUCACAGGUUCACUCUGUCCUGAAGACUGCAUCUAUUCCCCGUCAGCUCUCACAGUUUUCAGCUACAAGGUAAUCAGUGGGCAUCGCUCUGAGUGGUCAGAGCCUCACGGCAGACGGACUGAAUCGAGCAGUUUACGCAGCAGCUACCAUUAGGGAGUCCAAAGAAAAAGAAAACACCCGCCAUCCUUUAAAGACGACAUGCCCAACGGGUCCCCUCAUGGCAGGGUCACUAUGACGAUCACCUUCUUCUGCUCCCAGCCGGUGUUUAUACUGGCGGUGGCUGUGCUCCUCUGCACAGUCAGCCAGGUGACUUGUCAGGAGGAAGGAGAGGCGGAGUCGCCUGCCCAGGUUCUUCAGGACCUGCUGGCCCGCUACGGAGACAACAGCACCAUCACAGUGCCUCAGCUGCGCUCACUUCUGGCUUUACUUAGUCAGAGUCAAAGUGAGAAAUCUGAUGAGAAAAGAGAUGAGACAGAGACAACUACAGCUACACCUCCCGCAGCAAACAGCUCCAAGUGUUUGCCUGCAGACACGCUGGCUAUUUACAGCAUCAGCGAGCAGUCCCGGCUGGAUGGGCAGGGUCUCCAGAAGCUGUGUCCCACCAUGCUGCAGCAGCUGGAUGCCGGCAACUGCAAGGUGAAAAAGGGGGAGGAGCUAAGCACGGACCCCUCCCCCAGACCUACAGAUGCAGAAGUGUGGGGUUAUGGGAUCCUGUGUGUGACACUGAUCUCUCUGUGUUCACUGAUCGGGGCCAGCGUGGUGCCCUUCAUGAAGAAAACCUUUUACAAGCGACUGCUGCUCUACUUCAUAGCCCUGGCCAUUGGCACGCUGUACUCCAACGCCUUGUUUCAGCUCAUCCCAGAGGCCUUUGGUUUUGACCCCAUGGUGGACUUUUAUGUAUCCAAAUCCGCUGUGGUCUUCGGAGGCUUCUACCUCUUCUUCUUCACAGAAAAGGUUCUCAAGGUUCUCCUGAAACAAAGGCAAGGGAGCCACGGCCAUAGUCACUACAGCGGUGCAGACCGCUACUCAUCACCUGACAGGGAUGCAGAGGAGGGGGAGAAAGAGAAGCUGCAGCAGAAUGGAGAAUCCAACAGUCUGACUCAGGGAAAAGUGGACGACGCUGGGGAGGGAGAGCUCAUGCUCCACCCCGCACAGACACCGCAGGAGUCUCAGAGUCCAGAUAACGGAGCCCGUUCCGGUGGCGGCUGCUAUUGGCUGAAAGGAACCACCUACUCUGACAUCGGCACACUGGCCUGGAUGAUAACGCUGAGUGACGGUUUGCACAACUUUAUCGAUGGCUUAGCUAUAGGUGCCUCCUUCACCGCCUCAGUAUUCCAGGGCAUCAGCACCUCCGUGGCCAUCCUUUGUGAGGAGUUCCCUCAUGAGCUUGGUGACUUUGUGAUCCUUCUAAACGCUGGUAUGAGCAUACAGCAGGCCUUGUUCUUUAACUUCCUGUCAGCCUGUUGUUGCUACCUGGGUAUGGGAUUUGGCAUCCUGGCCGGUAACAGUUUCUCUCCCAACUGGAUCUUUGCUCUGGCUGGAGGAAUGUUCCUCUACAUCGCUCUGGCAGACAUGUUUCCGGAGAUGAACGAGGUGAGUCGUGAGGAAGAGGACGCAGGCGGCAGCAGGUUCCUCAUCACCUUCGGCAUCCAGAACGCAGGACUUCUGACGGGCUUCGCCAUCAUGCUCCUCCUCACCACGUAUUCAGGGCACAUACAGCUGGGCUAGCAGCGGACUCUUUGCUGCGGACCGGGAUCUGGUGAUAGAAACUGGAGAAGCUUGACUGUGCGGCAGGAACGCACAGUCCAGUAUUUAAAAGAACUGACUGUUUGAUUAUGUGCAGCUCUAACAUGCAGUAAAUUUCAGACCCAUCUGCCCCUCUUUUUCUCCGACCUUUCUUUCCUUUUUAAAAUCAUCACCUGAAUCGGUCAGUGUGUGGUUCUCCUUUUCCUUUAAUAGGCUUUUAAUUCCUCUGAAUAGUCAUUAGGUUUCCCCUUUUGACUCCUUUAUUCUUACCGGCUUGGAUGUUAAACUGCCUGAGCUGGCAUCAGACUCAUUAUACCCAUUAUCCCUUAUAGAUGCAGAUCAAGAUAAAAGCUGCUAUGAAUCUAUUUUUUCUCUCCUUCAUUUUUCACCAUUAAUACCAAAAAGCACAGAUCUGGAACUGGAACAAUUCCUCAUAAACUUACUUCCAUUUCACCUUGUUUUGUCUGUGUUGAGUUAAAGUUUAACGACACUUGAUGUGAAACUGACUUUUAAAGACCAAACACGUUCGGUGAAGGGCUACACAGUGAUUCAUUGUGUGGUAUGGAGUUGUCUUCAUCCUCUUUAUGCAUUUUCUGAAUAAUCUUUCAUCAUGAAGAUGCUGUUUAAUGUUUUCAUUUUUUUUCCAGAAGGGAUGCAGCACCCCUGCAGCAGCAUUUCUCUGUAGUUUACCAUCUGUGCCCUUCAUUUAUAUAACUGUGAAUAGUUUGUUGUUGUUUUUUGCCGAUUAUGCAUAUUCAGAUGUUCUGUUAUUUUAUUG